ACAGUCAGUUUGGGAGCGCUGCAGGAUAGUCAGGAGGGCUGCGGGAAGGCAAGAGGGGGCCCCCGGGAUGCCGGUGGUGAGGGAAGAAAAGAGCGGCCUCGAAAAGCUUGGGGGCACAUUUGCGCUCGGGUUCCUGGUCCUUGCAGCCCUCCUGCCUUGAGUGUGGGAGCACACUUUUUUUGUUUUAAGACUCAGCGUGGAGAGAAAGCCUCCGUCCCAGGGGAGGAGAGGCGUCUGCGGGGGGCAGAGACCGCAGCUACCUGCCGGGUGCGCCCCCCGCCCCAGGCACGCCGGCGUUCGUCCCCCCUUUCUCUCCCGCUCCCACCUCCUCAUUGGUGCUGGUUUGCAGCGCUCGGCUCCUGCGCCUUCGCUUCGCGUUUGAAUCUGGCUCGCCCCUCCGUAUUAUGUCUGCACUCCGAAGGAAAUUUGGGGACGAUUACCAGGUAGUGACGACCUCGUCCAGCGGCUCGGGCUUGCAGCCCCAGGGGCCGGGCCAGGGCCCGCAGCAGCAGCUUGUGCCCAAGAAGAAGCGACAGCGGUUCGUGGACAAGAACGGCCGGUGCAAUGUCCAGCACGGCAACCUGGGCAGUGAGACGAGCCGCUACCUCUCGGACCUCUUCACCACCCUGGUGGACCUCAAGUGGCGCUGGAACCUCUUCAUCUUCAUUCUCACCUACACCGUGGCCUGGCUCUUCAUGGCGUCCAUGUGGUGGGUGAUUGCCUACACUCGGGGCGACCUGAACAAAGCCCACGUCGGCAACUACACGCCCUGCGUGGCCAAUGUCUAUAACUUCCCUUCGGCCUUCCUCUUCUUCAUCGAGACCGAGGCCACCAUCGGCUAUGGCUACCGCUACAUCACCGACAAGUGCCCCGAGGGCAUCAUCCUCUUCCUCUUUCAGUCUAUUCUCGGCUCCAUCGUGGACGCCUUCCUCAUAGGCUGCAUGUUCAUCAAGAUGUCCCAGCCCAAGAAGCGCGCGGAGACCCUGAUGUUUAGCGAGCACGCGGUGAUCUCUAUGAGGGACGGAAAACUCACGCUCAUGUUCCGAGUGGGCAACCUGCGCAACAGCCAUAUGGUCUCCGCGCAGAUCCGCUGUAAGCUGCUCAAAUCUCGGCAGACACCUGAGGGUGAGUUCCUUCCCCUUGAUCAACUUGAACUGGAUGUAGGUUUUAGUACAGGGGCAGAUCAACUUUUUCUUGUUUCCCCCCUCACGAUUUGCCACGUGAUUGAUGCCAAAAGCCCCUUUUAUGACCUAUCCCAGCGAAGCAUGCAAAGUGAACAGUUCGAGAUUGUCGUCAUCCUAGAAGGCAUUGUGGAAACAACUGGGAUGACUUGUCAAGCUCGAACAUCAUACACUGAAGAUGAAGUUCUUUGGGGCCACCGUUUUUUCCCUGUAAUUUCCUUAGAAGAAGGAUUCUUUAAAGUUGAUUACUCCCAGUUCCAUGCAACAUUUGAAGUCCCCACGCCACCUUACAGUGUGAAAGAACAGGAGGAAAUGCUUCUUAUGUCAUCCCCUUUAAUAGCACCAGCCAUAACUAACAGCAAAGAAAGACAUAAUUCUGUGGAAUGCUUAGAUGGACUAGAUGACAUUAGUACCAAACUUCCAUCUAAGCUGCAGAAAAUUACUGGAAGAGAAGACUUUCCCAAAAAACUCUUGAGAAUGAGUUCUACAACUUCUGAAAAAGCCUACAGCUUGGGCGAUUUGCCCAUGAAACUUCAACGAAUAAGUUCAGUACCUGGCAACUCAGAAGAAAAACUGGUAUCUAAAACCACCAAAAUGUUGUCUGAUCCCAUGAGCCAGUCGGUGGCUGAUUUGCCACCAAAGCUUCAAAAGAUGGCCGGAGGAGCAGCCAGGAUGGAAGGGAAUCUUCCGGCAAAAUUAAGAAAAAUGAACUCUGAUAGAUUCACAUAA